AUCAGUUGUCUAUAGAGAAAGAUCAGCGGUUAAUUGUACCUUUGUGAGUUUUACUGGGUUACAGCAGAAGAGAAACCCGGUGGAAUAAUUUGUUUUUUAUCCGUGCGGGUAAAAACCUUCUGUUCAUACAAAGAGUCCUGGAGCUCAAUUCGAUCAUAACGGCGACAAUAAAGACAAGAUGACGGAGGGCCGGCUAUGCCAGGUGCACCUCCUGGACGACAGGAAGCUGGAGCUGCUGGUCCAGCCAAAGCUCUUGUCCCGGGAUUUGUUAGAUUUGGUGUCCUCACACUUUAACCUGAAGGAGAAGGAGUAUUUUGGACUAUUCUUCAUCGAUGACACUGGUCAGAGUAACUGGCUCCAGCUGGAUCGCAGGGUCCUGGAUCAUGACUUCACUAAAAAGACUGGUCCAGUGGAGCUCAAAUUCCUGGUCAGGUUUUAUAUUGAGAAGAUAACAUUCUUGAAAGAGAAUACAACAGUAGAGCUGUUUUUCCUAAAUGCCAAAUCGUCAGUCUUUAAUGAGAUCAUCGAAGUGGAGAGUGAAAACGUUUUCAAAUUAGCUGCUUACGCCUUGCAGGAGGCCAAAGGAGACUACACAAAUGUUGAAAGCUCCAGAUCGGACCUGAAUAAGCUACCAGUUCUACCCACCAGAGUCCUGAGAGAGCACCCCUCCCUGGCUUACUGUGAAGACCGAGUGAUUGAGUGCCACGAGAACCUGAAGGGCCUCAGCAGAGGGCAAGCCAUUGUGCAGUAUUUGGCCUUAGUUGAGUCCCUCCCUACAUAUGGAGUCCAUUAUUAUCCAGUAAAGGACAAGCAGGGCCUACCGUGGUGGCUGGGAGUCAGCUAUAAAGGCAUCGGACAGUACGAUUUACAGGACAAGUUGAAACCUCGGAAGUUGUUUCAGUGGAAGCAGCUCGAUAAUUUGUAUUUCCGUGAGAAGAAAUUUGCAGUUGAGGUGAACGACCCUCACAGAAGGACAGUGUCCAGGCGUACAUUCGGGCAGACUGGAUCGGUCAUCCACUCGUGGUAUGCCAGCCACUCUCUGAUUAAAACCAUCUGGGUGAUGGCCAUCAGUCAGCACCGGUUCUAUUUGGACAGGAAGCAGAGCAAAUCCAAAGUUGCCACAGCGAGAAGUUUGAAUGAUAUCACCAUGGACCUGACCGAGAUCAGAGCGCCCAGGAUCAGUAAGCUGUCCAGCUUAGAGAGUAAAGACCAGCUCAUCAUGGCCAGCAACGGAUCCCUCAUCUCAGCAGGAUCAGCAGACUCCGAGGUGAGUGAGGAACAGAAGAAGAAGGUUGCAGACCUGAAGAAGAAACAGCAGGAUCUGCAGGACUCUCUGACUCAGAAACUGGAGGAGCUCAAGAAGAUUUGCCUGCGAGAAGCUGAGCUGACAGGCAGUCUGCCUAAAGAGUACCCUCUAGCCUCGGGCGAGAAGCCCCCCGUGGUCCGUCGGCGCAUGGGGACAGCCUUCAAACUGGACGACCUCUUCCCCUAUGACGCGGAUCCCCACCUGAGGAACCUGGAGAGCAGGUUUGCCCUGCAGCAGAAGAUCGCGGAGGCGGCGAAGAAACUGGCCAACGAGGCUGAGCUCUGUAAGACAGUGAAGAAGAAGAGGAGGAGGAACUGCCUAGACGCCAUCAGGAAGCUGCAUGAGAUUGAGGACGAGAUCAACGAAUACAGGGUCAAGAUGGGCAAGAAGCCCACCCAGAGAGCAUCAAUAAUCAUAGCAGAUGAUGUGAACCCCGCCGAACUCAGCUCUCUGUCCGACAGCCUUACUCUGGACGAUGACGAGGAUCUGGGAGACCAGAGGCAACGGUCCCGCUCGGUGCAGUACUCUCCCCGGCCCCACCACUCAGACACCCUCAGUCUCCACUACCAGUCUGAUCGACGGGCCUCAGCUCACAACCAGCUCCAGGACCUCGGCACCAACAGCAGAUUACAUGAUGGUGAAGUCCGGGAACCGUUCCACUACAAUCACGCGGACACCUUAUCGAGCCACAUCAGCCCUUACAAGCCUGCCUCCAGACAGCCACGUGAUGCACGCAGCAUGCCUCCGACUCCACUCCUCACCCGCAAUGCCUACAGCAGUACCCAGAUCAGGUCGGAGGACGGCCCUCAGCAUUUCCGCCAGCGGAGUGGCAGUCUGGAGUCCCAGUCUCAGUUCCUGGUCGAGACCGUGCCCCCGGCGCCCGCGUCCGUCUUGGCACGCCGCAGCAACAGCACGGAGUUCCUGGACGACGGCUCAUCCUACACCAGCCAGUCCAGCGUGGAGUACUCGGCGCCCGGGAACCAUACCCACCGCCCCAGGGACCGGCGGCGGGGCAGGAAGAGCAACGUCUAUGCCAACUCGGGCAGCAUGCCCAACCUGGCACAGACUGACGCCCGCUACAACACAUACCAGCCCCCACGGGCACCGCGACCCACCACCACGGCCUACUACGUGACGGGCUACCCCAGCUACCCAGAGCCAGAGCCCUACUCUAACGGCGUCUACAUGUACCACAACGAGUUGGAGGGUCAUUACAACAUCCACCCCUCCUACAACGCCGCGCCGGCCUACCACAGACAUGAUGCGUACAGCAGUCGCUAUGGUGACGACGAGACGGACAGUAUGGCCCAGAACCCCUACGCCACGCUGAGGCCGCCCAGGAACCGCCAUGCUCCGCCCAGGACGGAACACGUGACCAGGAACAUCCAGAAGGCGCUGGUGGAGGAGCACCUGAGAGGCUGGUAUCACCGCAAUGCAAGCCACAAGCAGCCACAGGCCUAUGACUACAAUCAGAGGGGUUCCCAGCAGAGCCUUGGCUACCAGACCAUGCCCUACUCCUCAGUCUCGUCUCAUCAGUCCUCUACAGCAGGAGGCCGGCCCGGUCACCUGCGUGGCGGUAUGGUAGAGUACGACGUGCCGGUGCAGCAGCAUUACCCCUCCUAUGGCACAGCACAUUACGGCACAGCUCACCACCCCGCCUACAGCAGAUCCUAUGUAGAUGUGAACCAAACCGAUCCAUUCAUCAGCAGCCAAACCGAUCCAUUCAUUGACAGCCAAACCGAUCCAUUCAUCGGCAGCCAAACCGAUCCAUUCAUCGGCAGCCAAACCGAUCCAUUCAUCGGCAGCCAAACCGAUCCAUUCAUCGGCAGCCAAACCGAUCCAUUCAUCGGCAGCCAAACCGAUCCAUUCAUCGGCAGCCAAACCGAUCCAUUCAUCGGCAGCCAAACCGAUCCAUUCAUCGGCAGCCAAACCGAUCCAUUCAUCGGCAGCCAAACCGAUCCAUUCAUCGGCAGCCAAACCGAUCCAUUCAUCGGCAGCCAAACCGAUCCAUUCAUCGGCAGCCAAACCGAUCCAGUCAUCGGCAGCCAAACCGAUCCAUUCAUCGGCAGCCAAACCGAUCCAUUCAUCGGCAGCCAAACAAACUGCAGCUUGGAUCCAGACGACCAGCGACUUUACUGGCAUGAAGGCUCCUCCAAACCUGGAACUAUAGUCUAGCGGUCAGACCCAUCAUGAACGGUCUCAACUUCCACUUUGUGACACUUUCAUGUGCUUUGGACUGCACUUAACUGUUUUUCUGGAUGGAAGAAGGGACCCAAAGAAUCAAAUAACAACACUAUGGAAUUCACACUGGGAAGGACCUAAAGUCGAUGUACAGCUGAUUUGACUUCUCCUACACGGAAUUGCCAAAGUAGGUCUAUCUGCAUACAGUCAUAGUUUCUGAAAGCAGAAUUACAACACGGUCACCUGAUCUGAAUGUUCUGUAUUGCUAGAUUCUGUGUGUGUGUUGCGCAUGGAGUUGCACUUGGUGCUGUGGCUGGUUGGAUUAGUUUGAGGGUCUGGGAUGACAGUAGGAGGAUGGAGGACAGUGAACAUGACUUGUCCUGCGUGACCAAUAUAUGGGGAAGCGGUAUGCUCACCAUUACAAUGAAGGAUCUUUCAAACAAUGACAUGUUGAAAUUUAAGGAUGGAAAUUGGAUUUUGAGUGUAAGGAUGCCAACCAAUGGCAACCUGCUGAAACAUUCUCCAGUCUACCAGUUUCCAGAGCCCAUUCUAUGGUAGCGUUAUUCGUAGGUAUGUACAGCACUUGGCUAUUCUUUGUUGGUCAGUCUUUUUGCACCAGCCAUUUACAAGCAUUUGGACCUCGCUCAUUCUCAGCAAUUUGAUCAUCUUUACUUCCAAACGCUUCAGUCUAACGUGUCGGCUUUUAUACCGUCAAAGACCACGUUAACACUUUAUCAAUGACUGUGAUGUUAAUACUAAGUCUAUUACAGGGCUUUAUUUUGUCGAUACAAAAUUCAUUUUUGUAAUUUUUUUUAUGCUUACUGCAUCCCAUGCUGGACUGGACUGGUGCUCUCCAUUCCUCAAGAAGGAAUUUGUAUGUACCUGUUGAUAAUGUAAAUACAUUGUACGGUUCUGUCUGUUUUUAGAGCAUUUUCUUUUGGUAUUUUAAGAAGCAUGUAAUAUAUAGUAAACAAUCAAAUAUUAAGCUGGUUCUUAGUUAUUUGUAUAAUUGAAAUGCAUUUGAAUUAAAACAUACAUUUUGAACUAUA